AGAAGAGAGAGCGCGGGAAGAAGGAGCCGAAAAGUGUCAACUCUGCAAGCGAUAAAAACUGAAAAAAGGAAGAAGGCGCCUAUAGGCAAGGAGGAAACAUGGCGGCAGCUGUGAAGUCUGGCAAAUUUAGAGGAAGAUUUCUAAAUACCAUCAAAACUAUGAUUGGCUGGAAUUCUAUGCAGAGAGUUUUAGAGAAGAAAAACAGAGUUACAAGAGAAAGAAUCAUUGCUGAAUCAUUUCACCAAAGAGAAUUAGAAAUUGGUAUUGAAAUGGCGUGCGCAGUUGGAAAUCUUGAGGCGGUAGAGUUUCUGGUGGAUGAAUGUGGUGUUGUCGUUGAUAAAAUCAAGAACAGUUGUGUGUGGUCUGCAGCCAGUGAAAGACAUUCAAAUAUUGUCAAGUAUUUCAUUGAAAAACACUCUGUCGAUGUCAAUUUAGAGACUGAUCAAGGAAUGGGAAUCAUACAUUACGCAUGUGUUGCUGGAGAUGACAAAUUUGCAGAAUACCUUGUUAAGAAAGGGGCCAAUUUGAGAAGCACAGAUAACAAGAAAGUAAAUUGCCUCAUGGCUGGUGCAUGGGCUGGCUCCAAGAAAAUAUGCGAGAUGGCCAUAGAAGCAGGAGUGGAUGUUAAUGCCAAAAACAGCAAGGGAGAGCAUGUACUGCAUGGGACUAUCAGGCAGGGUUAUAAUGUAAACCAGAGUCGUCUGAACGUCAUUGACUAUCUAGUGAAGGCAGGAGCAGAUGUCAAUAGCGUGAAUGGCUCCAACAUCCCUGUUGUUAUAUAUGCAGCUCUUACUUUGAAUGGUUGUACAAAAACUCUCGGAUAUUUCCUUAAGCACCCCAAAGUACAUAUGCAAGAUAAAAUUGAAGCUAUAAAAUUUGGUGGAGCUUUCUUGUUUAGCCAGGGGAAUGAAAAGAGAGGCUUCAAAUUUUGGACAAGAGCUGUAGAACUUAAAGAAAAGAUGAAAGAAGACGAGAACAACAAUUCUGCACCUAGCUGUUAUGAUUUCUCCUCUUAUGAACCUGCCUGUGUUGCUGAUGUCCAAAGAUUUCAGGAAUGUCAAGUCUUACCAAUCAAGUUUAUGGUUGCCUUGCUGACAAAACUCCACAUCAAGUUUGGCUAUGAUUGUUUGACACAACUUGAGAAUUUUACAGAUGUUAUCCUUACACUUGGCAUCUAUGACUUCUAUUUAGAGGUUUUCUCAUUCAUAUUUCUCCACACUUUCCAAAAUAAUGAAAAUGUUAAUGCCAUUCCAGAGUAUGAUGCUGCAUUCAGAAGCAUUUGUGCAAUUAUAGCUUGGGAAGCAAAGAAAGGAGAGGAAGUAUUUCCAUGCGUAUUGAAAUUUUUUGCAAAAAUGGCAAGUGGAUUUGAACAGAGACUUCCCCACUGCAAGACAAUCAAGGAGGAGAUUGUGAAUAAAACCAAGUUAUUGAGAGACAUGCUAUUCAAUGCUUUUGAUGUUGUCUGUCCCAGUGAUGAUGAAGAUGACAAUUCUGACUGUUGGAGUGAGUGUGAUGACUACAAAGAUGGCAAACACAAGCACAUGUACAUGACACUGAUGAUGAAACUUAGUGCUGUAAUCCUUCAGAUUUUUCCCACCCACAAAAAAGAGUUCCGUCCAUAUCUGCGCAAACUUCUGACAACAAAUUUCAGGGAUGAAAAGGGAGCCACUUUCCUUCAAGUUGCCAUUGAGUGCAUUGACUCGUAUGGUUAUCAUGGAGAUGAGGAAAUUCAAGUUGAGUUGGUGAAAAUGUUGAUAGAGGAAGGAGUGAAUGUCAAUGCCACAGACAACUACAACUGCACUGCUGUCCAUGGUCUGGCUAGAGUUGUCUACAGUGGAAACAAACACCUAAUUCAGGAGAUUCUGGAUCUCAUGUUGCAGCAUGGUGCACACUUGGACAUUUUCAAUAAAAGUGGCUGGUCAGGUCUGGAUGAAAUGAUUGAUUCUAAUGUGACAGUGUAUCCCGUAGCCAACCAAUCUCUACAGUGUCUUGCAGCUAAGGUCAUCAUGGAAGAAGGCUUGGACUAUCACAGCACCACCCCCAAAGCAUUAUGGGAGUUCAUUGAAUUACAUGACCCACAAGAACAUAUCCACGAAGAUGAGAUUCCAUAUGCUUACUACAGUGAAGAUCAUCAUGAUGAACAUGAAUGUGAGGUCUACUGACACUUACCAUUACAUAACUGCUCUGUGAAAAAAGGAAAUAACAUGGAGACAUAUGAUCUUUUAUGUGAUUAGUGCUUUGUUCAAAGUAUUAAAAAAUACUAGCCUUAUGCUAUCAAACCAUUUCCAAGAAAUCCAUUUACCAUGCUUGCAUUUGUUAUAGUUUUACUUUUUAGUACCUUACUUAAUGUUACAAAUCAAAUUUUAAAAUCGAUUUUUAUUGUCGUAUCUGUCAUUAAUUUUAAUGUUCACAGUUAUGUACAGGUACUGGUAGUUUUGUUUGUCUAAUUGUUUGCAAUAACAUCAUUGCCUUGUCCUUUUCAGGGAUAAGGAAUCGGGGAUUCCCAGAUAAUCAUUUAGGAUAAAUAGAUCAUAAAAUAUGUAUUAAAGCAGUCAUUAGCACAGAGAGGGAGAGAGACCAGUUGAUGUCAUGCAAGUUAUUCUCUUUUAUGAAUUAACUUCUACAUUUUGACUUAUCAUGUUACAUGUACUCCUAACCAUUGCUUGCAUAAUGUUUGAAACACUACCAUAUACUGUAUAAUUUGUCUUUCUCUGCUGGACUGUUUUGGGGGGUUUUGUGUUCUCUUUUUUAAUGCUAGUCACAAUGUAUAUUUCCUCUAUUACUAUGGCAAAAAUAUAAGUUAAAAGAAAUGUUUUCAUGAGUAGCCAUUAACGUCACAAAUUUUUUAUGUGCCAAAGCUGUUCAAUGUAUAAAAUCUAUGCAAAUGCCAAAGUAGUGUUCAUUAACCAUUGUUUACA